AUGAACAAAUCUGCCCGCAAGGCUGUUAACCUGAGCGUGCUUCAGCGGCAUGACCCGCACAUCUCUGACAUUCUCGACAGCUCCAGUUAUGUUGUCGUCUAUAAGUUUGACGAGGACUCACAAGCAUGGACAAAAAAAGGUGUCGAAGGAACAAUGUUUGUCUUCAAGAGGUCUUCACCUCCAACCUAUGGAUUUUUCAUUAUGAAUCGCCUUGGCCUUGAUAAUUUGAUGGCUGAUCUCGUUGGCGACAUGGCUCUGCAACUGACCUCUGAUUAUAUUAUCUACCAUAUUCAUGGCAUUUGGAUCUAUGAACCGGCAGAUCGAGAUAGGAUCGGUGAAAAGCUCUUGGAGUAUGUCGCAAUCUUCACAGGAUUAAUAUCAUGCCAACUCUUGUUGCAAGAGCCUUUAGCAGUUUCAUGA